AUGUUAAUUUUAUUACUAUUGUUUGGCUCAGCCUUCUCUCAGAGUGUUCGCAAAGUUCAUCUUGGGUUCCCUGAGGCAUGGGAUGGUGACAAAUACAAGGAGCUCUACUGUCCAAGCAAAAAUAUCCCCAAAUUUUUAGGUAUGACAUUUAAAAAAGGAUCGAAAUCGCUGCGUAUUUUACAACCAUUUUUAUGCUAUUUCAGACCUUAUUUCGACAUUCUUAGCGAAAACUUACUUUAUUUUAUCUUAUUUUAGACGGGUACUUCCUCUGCCAACUCUCCGCGUCCUAUGGCAGCCAGCGCGCGCCCGCUGGCCGCAAACUGAACCACAUGAUCGACGCUAUCGGUGCGGUCGGCGCUUUCCACAUUAGCAACGGACAAGUGGUCUUUUCGGCCCAAUAUUAUCCCGCGCGGCCCUACAAAAUCUGGGAAUUUUACGACCGGAAUAUGACAAAAGCCUCGGUCCCCUGGGCCGGCUGGUCGGACUACAAUCUCACAGCGAUGGGCAAAUGGGAACAGGUCCCUGCGAAUCAGGACUCAGCCCGUUUUCAUCCAAAUCUCGACUUUUGGAGGGUCGGGAAUAAGAUUAUCGCCGGAACAGAGGCACCGUAUUGGGUUGGCUACGAGUUCGAUGUGAAAACACUGGAUAAAUUCAAGCUAUUCCCAUUUGUUGAGGAGAAUGAUGUAUUUGGAAACCCAAAGCCAAGCAUGAUCCCGAUUUCAAUGGCUAUUCAUGAACGCCGAGACUCGGAUGGAACGAUCUGGGGAUCAUUCUCGGCCAUGAAUUUUAAUGAACAGAGGUUUUAUCAGGUAAAUAAUCUAGUGACGGUUUGUAUAGGAAAUCUUUAAGAGAAUUUUUUUGCCUUUUUCUUAGCUUUACCAGCAUUUUGUAUAAUUUGGAGCUAAUUCUUGCAAAAAAAUUCUCAAAAAUCAUAUUUUUUGGCAAAAAAAAAUACUGGUAAAAAUAGAUAUUUAGUGGACUCGCACAAGCAUAAAAACAUUGGUUAGUAGGCCCGUAUUUUACAAGAUUUACAGUGCUUACUUAGCACAAAAAAGAAUUUUUUGAAUUGUUUUUUGUGGUUCGCCUAUUUGAUGACAUAAGCUAAUAUAAAAUGUAAAAAAAUGCUACUUUUAUUCAACAACCAUCUUAAGUAGUAACGUUGUUUUUUAGAAUAGAUACCAGUGUUUAUAUUCUGCUUGUUUUUACAUCUGUUAAACAAAAAAAUUUCAUUUUACAGCCAAAAGAAUGCCAAAAUUCCGAUUUUCCAAUUUUCAGGGAAUUUUCACCGUCGACGAAUCCGGCGUUCGCCGCGUGAUCGGCAUGUACGAUUACGGUGUCUGGGACCCAAAUGCAUGCGGGAAGGACGACGAAUAUAUUGGUACGUUCCCGCGCGCGCAGAGUUAAAUUUAGCCGCCGCCGCAAACACGCUUUUAAUUCGAAUUUAAUCAAAGGGAAAUUGGAUAGGACGCACGCUUCGAUUACUCACGAACAUCUUCAUACUUUUUCAGGCGACAAGACCCUGCUGCCCGGCUAUAUCCAUUCGAUUACGACCACGCAGAACUACGUGAUUCUGCCGAUCACGUCGCUGCUGAUUAACCCAUGCAAGUUCAAAGAGCCGCCCUUGUCGAAGGAUGCCCGGGCGUCGCUGCAAAAGGGCGGAUUGUGGGGAAUGGACUUUUAUGAUAUGGUCCCAAUGAGGUAAGCAUGGCAGAGCGAUGGCCUUGGCAUACUUAGAAAAAAUUUUUAUAUCGAAAAAAUCCAUUUUACGUAAUCAAAAAACCCAAAAAAAAUUUUUUUUUGGAAAUGACUUAAAUUUUAAUAAAUGGGUAUGAAAUUUCAGCUAUGGCUUGAUUUUAAAUAAAGAUUCAAGGUCAUAAAUUGCCAGGAAUGCCAUGAUAAAGCCUAGAAAAAUCAAAAAAAAAUUAAAAAAAAAAUAUAUUAAAAAAUCAAUAACGAAAUGCCACAAUUUUUACCGCUUGUUUGUCCAAAAAAAUCCAAGCAUAUUAAUUCGUAUUUUACAAUUUUUAGUCAAGUUUUCAGCAAUGUAAAAUUAAAAAAAAAAGCGUCACAUUUUUUGAACAUGCAUGAAUUUCAGUCAAUUUAUUUUCCAUAUGGCGUUUUUGAGAUCUGCAGUUUUGAAAGAAAAAAAUCAAAAAAAAAAAUCAAUUUUUAAGAAAACAAAACGUAUUUUACAAGCAGGUAAAUUCCAUCAAAAAAAUCUUCUUUUCAGAUUCCUAAUCUUCGAUAAAAACACGAAACAAUGGAUAACCCAAAAGCCCUUCGAAGUUUUUCCCUCCAUGUUUGUUACCCAUCAAUUGAACGCCUAUGAAGAUACAAAUGGGAAUUUGGUGGCGGAUAUGGUCGUAUACGACAGUCAUGACCCAUACGUCAAAUAUUUUUACACGGACUUUUUGACUUCGCGGAUUUAUCCGAGCACGGCGAGAGUCCUGCGAUUUACAAUCGAUAUCGAAUCAAAUCGAGUCAUGUACAGCUAUCUGAUCCCGCAGGUAAGAAAAUUGUGGACAUGGUGUAUUGAGGAGGCUUGAAAGCGUUCUUGAGACUAAUUUUUAUAGGGUACACUAUGAGUUUUGAAUUUUUUUAAAUAAAAUUGCAUUAAGCUUUUUUUCAGGCGUUUUACUAGUCAUUUUGAUGACUUUUUUUUGAAUUUUCAUUAUUUUCAAGAAAGAAAAUUUUACUGCAAGGUAUUUCAAGAAUAUCUCGAAUAAUUUUUUCGGUUAUCUAUCGGAAAUUUUCUUCGAUUUUUGAUAUAUUUUUACAUACAGUAGCUGCCAAAAAACUGUCAAUUUUUUUGUUUUUUGUGUAACUCUGCUCAACGUGGACGGAUUUCAACGAAACAAAUACCAUUCUGUAGAGAAUUACUGCUGUUAUCUAAUGGUGUAGUGGUUGGAGCGAUUCUACAUCUUAGUGUGUAACAACUGUCGAUGUAAAUUUUUUGGAAAGACAAAAAACUGUCAAUUUUUCCAAAAAAAUUUUACCGCUUGCAUACGUCGCGGCAAAUCAUGGGCUUAUACAUUCCGAUUUUUAAAUAAAGUCCCACUGUACAUAAUUAACCAUCAAAGGGAGCCAAGGAAGUUAAUUUAGUAGACCUUUUGGUGGUCCCAAGUUCGAUACCCCAAAACAUGACGUUUAAGAAAAAAUCGAUUUUUUUCUUUGACUUAGCAUUAAUGCAAUGCCUUGCAGUAGAAGUUAGACAACCUACAAUUAAAAUAUAACAAUGAUUGGGAGCCUAAAUGUAAGUCUACGGACUCCACUUGACAUUCAAGUUUCUCCGGUAAUCGAGUUUCUGUAGAGACUUGGCCUUGUUGCCCCCGCCUUUGUAACAACUUGCUAAUGCUUUAUCAAUACAUGAUCACAGAUGUUCUAGAAGCAUUUUAUGGGCAUUUGUAAGACGGCGAUGCAAGUCACACAAGAAUUACGGAGGGUUAUGUUGUCAUUAACCAAAAAAAUUUUUUGUGGAAACUUGCAAGUCAGCUUAAGCCUUUAGAAACACGACAGAGGGAGUGAAAUUACGUUAGAAAUGUCAGGAAUGGCUGUAAAUGUAUGGGACAACAUCUUGCUUGUCCUUCCGCUGGGUUAUUUCCAUCCUAUGGAGAGUGAAAAUCGAGACAACAAUUUUUCUUUAAAAAUUCCAUUUAGGAGCUUGUUAUUUUACGCGCAAAGUACGGGCCUGGCGCGGUAGCGGUUCUAAACUGUUCACUGUUAACAUGGGUGCCUUCUGUCGCUUUGGAACUACGAUUAGAGGUGUCUGCGGAAGCACCCGGGCUGAAGUUCCACGGUACAUCCACUGCCAGAAAAACUUGAAUGUCAAGUGGAGUCCGUAGACUUACAUUUAGGCUCCCAAUCAUUGUUCUAUUUUAAUUGUAGGUUGUCUAGCUUCUACUGCAAGGCAUUGCGUUAAUGCUAAGUCAAAGAAGAAAAUCGAUUUUUUCUUAAACGUCAUGUUUUGGGGUAUCGAACUUGGGACCACCAAAAGGUCUACUAAAUUAACUUUCUUGGCUUCCUUUGAUGGUUAAUUAUGUACAGUGGGACUUUAUUUAAAAAUCGGAAUGUAUAAGCCCAUGAUUUGCCGCGACGUAUGCAAGCGGUAAAAUUUUUUGGAAAAAUUGACAGUUUUUUGUCUUUCCAAAAAAUUUACAUCGACAGUUGUUACACACUAAGAUGUAAAAUCGCUCCAACCGCUACACCAUUAGAUAACAGCAGUAAUUCUCUACAGAAUGGUAUUUGUUUCGUUGAAAUCCGUCCACGUUGAGCAGAGUUACACAAAAAACAAAAAAAUUGACAGUUUUUUGGCAGCUACUGUAUAUAUUAUACUUGACAUUCCUUUCUUUAUUUCUUCUAUAACCAUUUUUCCAGGAGACGAUCGCUGCUGAUUUCUCUCAAAUUAACCACAAUUUUGACGAAAAGCCCUAUAAAUGGGCAUAUCUCGUUGAGCAUCCAUUUGCAUCCGAUAAUACAAUCAUCAAAGUUAAUGUGGAGGAUCCAAGUGGUGUAAAUAACAAACAGUUCAAGACGGAUCCAACGUUAGUGCUGCAUGAACCCUGGUUCGUUGCUAGGCCCGAUGCGAGGAAAGAGGACGAUGGAGUGCUGCUGAUCAAAGCGCUGGAUACCGCUGAAAAUAAAGGUGAGAAUGGGCUCAUAAAUAGACUUGAUUUUGGUUUGACUCCAGGGCAAUAAUGCUGAUUUUUUUACGCUUUUCAUGGCAAAACUUGCAAAAAAAUCAAAUAAAAAAUCAAAUUUCUUGUCUCAAAGUCCAAAAUUUUACAACCCACAAAAAUGUCAUCAAAAUUUUCUCCGUGGCCAUCAACAAUUUUUAUUUUAUCUCCCCAUUUCUUUUCAGGUGUUCUGCUCGUCGUGGACGCCCUAACGAUGACCGAGAUUGGCCGCGCUUAUGUCCCAAUUUCCGUGCCCUUCGGCUUUCACAACCGGUUCUUCUCGAAGAAAGAACUGGGGUUGCCCGAGGGGCUGGCCGGAAUCUACGGCGCCAGCGAAAUUAAAAACAAAUUCUUCAAGACAACAACACCAAAGCCGACAACUGAGAAUGGGUUCUGGUCGAGGCUGGUGGCCAGUACAAGAGGUAAAAUUAGGGCUGAGAAUUAUGCAAAUUUUGAAAAAUUUAAUAUUCAAAUUUGGGUACGUAUUUUAAAAAGCAAAAAAAAACUUAAUUUUUUUACAUCAUAAAAAUUUUAAUAUGCAAAUUUUUGAAAAUAUGCAAAUUUUAUUCAAAUAUUCAAAAACUUUGAUUUUAGGAUUCGGAUAGUCGAAAUAAAAAAUUUCUAUGCAAAUAUGCAAAUUUCCAAAUUCCCUCCUUAAAUUAUGCAAAUUUUCAGCCCCCACGGUCCCAACCAAAUGGGUUCCAAUCUCAGCGAAGCCGGUUGAACGCCUCGGCCCCGAAUCUCCCUACCCAACUUACCCAGGCCCCAUUCCCAGCUCCAUCUUGCCAGCAGUUGUGGGCCGUCCAAGCAGCAUAACUCAGCCAGAAGAUAUCCGAAUGGUCACAAUGCGACCUCCCGGCACGAUAGCCACCAGACCCGUCCCUUAUGUUCCUCCGUCGAAAACAGCGUCGCCAGUCCGCCAAUUAUACGAACAUACGUUGAAGGCGUUCUGUCAUUGGUUGAGCAAGAUCUUCAAAACGGUCGUGUUCGAGCAUUGCGUGGAAGGGGGCAAUAAAGCGAUACGGUGGGUGAUUUAAGAGGGGAUUAGGAGAGGUUGGAGUGGAUGGCGGGUUUUUGAAGGGAUUUUGAAAAAAAUUAGAAUGAUUUGAAAGUGUAAAAAAAAUCUUUUUCUGCCACAACUCUUUGAUUUUUUUCCAGGCUCGACUCAAAACAUUACACACCCGAAUUAAAGUAUACUACCGGGUUUUGUCUUGAACAUCGCCAAAAUUUCCAUUUUUUCAAAAAAUUUUCGACGAAAAAAUCGUGUCGGUUUUGGCAAAAAGAAAUACUACAUAGAGUAUAGCAAUACUAUUGCCUUCAAAAUCAUUUUCCUUUUUGGUAAAGCAUGAGAAUAGCCAAUACUGUAAAAUGAUGACAAAACGCCAAGUAUGAUAUUCAACUUUCUCUCGAUUUCAGCGGCUACCUGGAUGUGCACAAACGCCAGAGAGCGGUCUGA